AUGAAUGUAUCCGGCAGAGAAACCACCACCUCUGUUAGCUACUUUAUCCUCCUGGGCUUUCCAUCCAGUCCAGAAAUGCAACUCCUCUACUUUGGGCUCUUCUCUGUAACCUACACCCUAACCCUGAUGGGAAAUGCAGCCAUUGUGUGUGCUGUGAGGUGGGACCGAUGCCUUCACACACCCAUGUACAUCCUCUUGGCUAAUUUCUCUCUCCUGGAAAUGUGUUAUGUCACUACAACUGUUCCUAAUAUGCUGGCCAACUUACUGUCCACUAGCAAGUCCAUCUCUUUUGUGAGAUGUUUUGCACAAUUCUACUUCUUCUUCUCCUUUGGUUAUGAUGAGGGCUUCUACCUUUGCAUUAUGGCCUUGGACAGGUACCUUGCCAUCUGCCGUCCUCUGCAUUAUCCAAGUAUCAUGACUAAAAAAUUGUACACUGGUCUUAUCAUCUUGGGCUGGUCAAGUGGUUUCAUCAUCUACCUAACGCCAGUCAUUCUCAUUUCACAAUUGUCCUUCUGUGGUCCAAAUACCAUCGACCAUUUUAUAUGUGAUCUUGUCCAGCUAAUGAUGCUGUCCUGUACUAAAGACAAUACCACCCAGUUCAUUUACUCUACUCUAAAUGUUUUCUUUAUGAUUGGCACCUUUAUCUUCAUCCUUAGCUCCUAUGCUCUGGUGAUUCGAACUGUCUUAAAGAUUCCCUCAACAGCUAGCAAACAUAAAGCUUUCUCCACUUGUGCUUCUCAUUUGGCAGUUGUCACCCUCUUUUAUGUUCCCAUUUUGGUAAUGUAUGUUAGUCCUGGGUCUGGACACCCAGUGAAAAUGCAGAAAUUUAUUACCUUGUUUUAUUCCGUGAUAACACCCCUCUGCAAUCCUCUAAUAUAUAGUCUCAGAAACAAAGAAAUGAAAACUGCUCUGAAGAAAAUAUUUGGACCUAAACAAGGUGUUUCAAAAACACAAAUUUCAUAA